UUUUUGCAAACAAAGCAAUUUUGGGCCACAAAACCAAAAACAAUAUCUAAAAAAAAUUCUGAGUGUUAGAAUUCAUCUAAUGAACCAUAUCAGUCAAACAGUCUUUCCUAUAUCUAAUGUCCAAGUCAUCAGAUUUCCCUAUAGUACACGCGAGGAACAUACCGUUUGGUACUUCCACAGAAUCAUUAUACGAGUUGUUUUCCAAACAUGGUAGUUUGAAUCAAAUUCGAAUCUCCAAUCAAGACAAUAAGAAUGAUUGUUUUGUCAUUUAUAAUAAUUUAUCCAUUGCCAAACGAAUUGUGAAAGAGUUGAAUGGGAUCAACUUCAAUGGUAGAUAUUUAAUCUUAUCCCUUUAUGCUAUCGAUAAGUCUAAGUUAACUGAUGAUGAUAUUACUGCUAGUGGUGAUGUGGAGUAUAAAUUACGUCUUGAUGAGUUAAACAAAUUAAAACAACAACAUAAUAUCACAUAAAGAUACCAAUUACAACAUUUAAUCAUUACGAAGGAUUUAUUUAUUCAUUCAUUUUAACCUAUAGUGGUAGUUUUUUUUU